UAUGUCUGCCGAAGAACAACAAGUCUCCAUUGAGAACCAAGAAGUUGAGGUUGCCGUUGAGGCCCCUGCUGGUCAAAUGUCCGUCGAGGAUGCUCUCCAAGAAGUCCUCCGUCGUGCUUUGGUCCACGAUGGUCUUGCUCGUGGUUUGAAGGAAGCCGUUAAGGCUUUGGACAGACGUCAAGCUCAUUUGGCUGUUCUCGUUGAGUCUUGUACCGAGUCUGAAUACAUCAAGCUCGUUGAAGCUCUCUGUGCCGAACACAACAUCAACUUGAUCAAGGUCUCUGAUGCUAAGAAGCUCGGUGAAUGGGCCGGUCUCUGUAAGAUCGAUCGUGAGGGUAACGCCCGUAAGGUUGUCGGUUGUUCUUGUGUUGCUGUCACUGACUUCGGAGAGGAGUCCGAGGCCAUGAACGUCCUCUUGGAUUACUUCAAGACCCGUUAAAUUUGACAUCUUUCCCACCCUCGAAAUUUAGAACAAUAGUUUUUAAUAAAUCUAUACUUUCAAUUUUUGACCAACACAA